UCUCUCCUCCAGAGCCUGGACGUGGGCAACAACCAGCUGCGGGAGCUGCCCGCUGCCCUGGCCGACUGCCCCCGCCUGAAGGAAGCCAACUUCAAGGGCAACCAGCUGAAGGACAAGCGGCUGGAGAAGAUGGUCAACAGCUGCCAGAUGAAGGCCAUCCUGGAGUACCUGCGGGCCGGCGGCCGCGGGAAGGGGAAAGCCGAGAGCGGCAGAGAGGAGGCCAGGAAGAAGAAGAGGGAGAAGCAACAGAGGAAGGAUGGCGUGGACGGGGAGCAGGACGAGCUGGAGGAAGCGAGCAAGCUGCUGGUGAAGGUGCUGCACGUCUCCGAAAACCCAGCACCCUUGGUGGUCAAAGCGAGCCCGGGCGUCAAAGAUGUUCGAGCCUUCAUUGUGUGCUGCGUGCUGAAGGGAGUCAACCUGAAACCAGGAAAUGCUCUGAAGAGGUUCUUGUCUGCACAGACUAAGCUGCAUGAAGACAUCUGUGAGAAGAGGACAGCAGCCACAAUCGCCACCCACGACCUGCAGCUGAUCAAAGGUCCUCUGCUCUAUGAUGUUCAGCCCCCCGAGGAGCUGAAGGUAACGCCCCUGGGCCGAAAGGAGAUCAAGGCAAAGGACCUUCUCCGCCAGCUCCAGCUGGAAGCUGAGGAGCAGAGGAAGCAGAAGAAGCGUCAGAACGUUUCUGGAUUGCACAAGUAUCUCCAGUUACUGGAUGGCAAAGAUAACUACCCCUGCCUGGUGGAUGCCGAAGGCGUUGUGAUUUCUUUCCCACCAAUAACCAAUAGUGAGAAAACAAAGAUCAGAAAAGAAACCCGGGAUCUGUUUCUGGAAGUGACCAGCGACACCAGUUUACAGAUCUGCAAAGACGUCAUGGACACACUAAUUCUGAAAAUUGCAGAGCUGAACAGAGUUACCUUGGAAAAUAAGGAAGACUCGGGCUCGGAUAACGAAUCUGAUACUCUUAGUGGACCAGGGAAUUUGAACCCCAGCCAGAACGUGCAGCCACUGGUAGUGGAGCAGGUUCGAGUGGUGGACACAGAUGGAAACUUGAAAGUACUUUAUCCUUCAAAAACUGACCUGACCACUGUUUCCUCUCUUCUGACUGUAAUACGUUAGCAGCUGUCAAAGCUCAGAAAGUCAUUCAAUUGUUUUUUUUUCCAUAUUCAGCAAUGCAAGUGGUACGUGGUGAGGUGGUCCUGGGUUUUUUUAAAGCAAAGAUUCGGCACGCCCCACCUGGGUGUGUACAAACUGCCAAGUCUGAUCCAGCUACGGCGAGGAGUAUUGCCUUCUUCCAGCCUUAAGUAGAAAGAAGUCAUCAGAGUUCUGACUCGGUAGAUAACGGCGUCUUCAAAUGCAAACUUGGAGAAGGUAUCACAAGUCAGAAUGCACAAACUGGUAGAGAAAACUAUUCUGCCAUCUUAGUGGUUAUAAAAGGAGUGCAGUGGUAUUCUCCUGCCAGAUCAUGGUUUCUUCCUCCUGUGUUUCAGCGGGGUUAUUAUUUUGGCAGCUAAACUGAGGGAUCUGGUAGGGGAGAGCAUUGAGACUCAGCGAGGCGCUGCAUGGACCGGUACUGAGCACAGAGUGCAAAACUGCUUCGCCCAUUUCUCAUCCUGCACCACUUCACUUUUUUAUCUGGAGUAGUCGUGAAAACUUUAGUUGCUGUCAGAACUUGAGGAGUGAGUUUUGAAGUGGUGGUUCCUGUAUUCAGGCAUGAACGCAGCUUCCGUUUUUAAGUGGAGUCGGUUGAAUUGACUGCAGGGGUUUGUGUGUCCCGGUGGGUUUUAGGGCUAUUGUCCAUCCUGGUGGAAAUACGGGGUGUGGUGACCUUGUUGUGCACCCGUAGGGUCACUGUCCAUCCAGGGCUGAAUUUAUUCUUGCUGGUGAAGUUUGGUUCUGCUCAGAGGCUGAUGCUGCCUUCCAUCGACACUGCCAGAGCUCCCUUUCUUGCAGUCUCUGGGUGGCUUUUACAUCGGGGCUGCUACCUGUGUGGAUGCAAAGCUCCCUGUGAGCAGAGGUGACCUGCAGAUUGGCUUUUUUCUGUUAAAAAUUCUACAGAGCUCUAACUGACCUUCCAGAUACCGUGUCAAAUACAUCCACGUCUUGGGCCUUGCAUAUUGAAUGGAAAAAUAAAACAGUUCUUGCCGUCGUA